GGUUUGAAGGACCAGCUCUGGUCUGAUCUGGUCUGAAGAUGAUGUGGACUCUGGUUCUGGUCUGGACCAUCUGGAUCGGACGGCACACGGCAGCAGCACAAAGAGAUGGAGAAAUUAUCAGUCAGAUUAAAAUGACGAACUUGGCCCUGGCUGAGAUUAAAGAGCUUCUGAAACAGCAGAUUAAAGAGAUCGUUUUCCUGAAGAACACAGUGAUGGAGUGUGAAGCCUGUGGAAUGGGGGGGCUCCAGCCUCGUCCUUCCUGUGUGCCCAACCCGUGUCACCCAGGGGUGCAGUGCAUGGAGACGCCGGAGGGGGUGAAGUGUGGACCGUGUCCUGAUGGCAUGGAGGGAAACGGAACCCACUGCACCGACGUGGACGAGUGCACCGUGAUGCCGUGUCACAUGGGCGUCCGCUGCAUCAACACGUCCCCUGGGUUCCGCUGUGGGUCCUGUCCUGCCGGGUACACGGGGCCCCAGGUCCAGGGGGUGGGCCUGGCCUACGCCAGGGCCAACAAACAGGUCUGCACUGAUAUCAACGAGUGUGAAGGUCAGAACAAAGGAGGCUGUGUGGAGAACUCCGUCUGUAUGAACACACCUGGUUCCUUCAGAUGUGGACCCUGUAAAACGGGCUACGUGGGGGAUCAGCGUCGUGGAUGUAAACCUGAGAGAGCCUGUGGGAACGGCCAACCCAACCCCUGCCACGCCAGCGCCGAGUGCAUCGUCCACCGGGAGGGAACGAUCGAGUGUCAGUGUGGCGUCGGAUGGGCUGGAAACGGUUACCUCUGUGGGCCUGACAUCGACAUCGACGGCUUCCCUGAUGAGAAACUGGAGUGUCCUGAGAGUAACUGCAACAAGGAUAACUGUCUGACUGUUCCAAACUCUGGUCAAGAAGACGCCGACAACGACGGCAUCGGAGACGCCUGUGACGAAGAUGCAGACGGAGACGGGAUCCUGAACACACAGGAUAACUGUGUGCUGGUUCCCAACGUGGACCAGAGGAACAUCGAUGAAGACGACUUCGGUGACGCCUGCGACAACUGCAAAGCCAUCAAAAACAACGACCAGAAGGACACAGACGUGGACAAAUUUGGAGACGAAUGUGACGAAGACAUUGAUGGGGACGGAAUCCCCAAUCAUCUGGAUAACUGUAAACGUGUCCCCAACAAGGACCAGAUUGACCGAGAUGGAGACAAAGUGGGAGACGCUUGUGACAGCUGUCCUUAUGUUCCCAACCCUGACCAGUUGGACGUGGACAACGACCUGAUUGGAGACCCCUGUGACACCAACAAGGACAGUGACGGUGAUGGACACCAGGACUCCAGAGACAACUGUCCAGCGGUCAUCAACAGCUCCCAACUGGACACCGACAAGGACGGAAAAGGAGACGAGUGUGACGACGACGACGAUAACGACGGCAUCCCCGACCUGCUGCCUCCUGGUCCCGAUAACUGCCGCCUGAUCCCCAACCCGCUGCAGGAGGACUCCGAUGGUGACGGAGUCGGAAACGUUUGCGAGACAGACUUUGACAACGACACCAUCAUUGACAUCAUCGACGCUUGUCCAGAAAACGCCGAGGUGACGCUCACUGACUUCAGGGAGUAUCAAACUGUGGUUCUGGACCCAGAGGGGGACGCGCAGAUCGACCCUAACUGGGUGGUUCUCAACCAGGGAAGAGAGAUCGUUCAGACUAUGAACAGUGAUCCUGGUCUGGCUGUUGGUUACACAGCGUUCAGCGGUGUGGAUUUUGAAGGGACGUUUCAUGUGAACACGGUCACAGAUGAUGACUAUGCAGGGUUUAUCUUCGGCUACCAGGACAGCUCCAGUUUCUACGUGGUGAUGUGGAAGCAGGUGGAGCAGAUCUACUGGCAGGCAAACCCCUUCAGAGCCGUGGCAGAACCAGGGAUCCAACUGAAGGCCGUUAAGUCAGACACAGGUCCUGGUGAGAACCUGCGGAACGCCCUGUGGCACACCGGAGACACCCCCGACCACGUCAAACUCCUGUGGAAAGAUGCACGCAACGUGGGCUGGAAGGACAAGACGUCGUACCGCUGGUUCCUCCAGCACCGACCGGCCGACGGGUACAUCAGGGUGCGUUUCUACGAGGGCCCUCAGAUGGUCGCCGACACCGGGGUCAUCAUCGACGCCACGAUGAGAGGAGGUCGACUGGGCGUGUUCUGCUUCUCACAGGAAAACAUCAUCUGGGCCAAUCUGCGAUACCGCUGCAACGAUACUCUUCCUCAGGACUUCGACACUUACAGAGCCGGCCAAGUCCGACUGGCGGUUUGAGGAAACACCACCUGCUUUUCAACGCACAACUGCUUCACACAACAAAAGAAAACCUCUGCUACGGGGUUUUAUUUCUUUUUUUUUGCUUGAAAAAGCCAAAUGGUGUGACGGAGUGUACUUUGAACUCCUGACAGAGAAGAGAAUCAACAUGUUUGACAGAUACCAAAGUCUUUUCUCUUCUAGAAUUUAAUGUUUCUAUUAAAUAUUGUCUCAUUUUUCAUGCUCUAAGGUAAGAAAUAUGUCAAAGAUUUAACUAUAACUUCUAAAUAAAUGUGAAUUUUGAUACUA